CUAGUUUUUUCAUAUAUUUCAAUAAAAAAUUUAAGAGGAAUAAUUAUAUUUAGCCUAUUAGGUAUUUAAACUUAUAUGUACUGUGCUAUUGUUUGCGAAGUCGGAUAGAAUGGAAUAUAAAGAGCAUAUUAAUGUAUAAUUACGUGAAACAAGUUUUUUCAAUUCGUUAAUUUUUCUGCAUUGUCUACAGGAUUCGUAAACAAUUCAAUGACAAUCUGUUGAAUGCAAAAAAAUUGAACAAUGAAUUAUUUUAUAACAUUGAUUGAAAAUUGAUUGAAAAUUAAUGUUAAUUGCAAAACUAUGGAAAAAUAAACGGUCAUUGUUUAGAUAGAUGUAUUCAAUGAAUAAAAACAAUUAUUUCAUUAUUUCGAAAAAUCAGAAAAAAACGAGCAUCAAAAUUAACAGACAUUAAUUUGGGAUUUAAAAAUAACGAUAGCGAGUUGAGCGCAAAUUAAAGUUAGACAUGACGUCAAUUCUGCUUUGAAUAGCGAGUGAUUGUGCGACAACUAUUCAUCAGACCCGAUACACCGUACGGUACGUCCGAUAAGAAAAAAAAAAUUACCGUUGAAUUCACAAUGGAUUGCGGCUGGACUCGAAUGGGAAAUAAGGAUGACGAGGGGAUGGCCGGUGCGGACGCGGCUGCAUCUUGGCAGCAGUGCUACACCUGGUGCACCCCGUACUCGCAUCCGCACCCUCAUCACCACCAUCCGCACCAUCCCCGUCAGUACCAGAGUAGCCAGUAUCAGCAGCUACCGGGAAGCACAUCCGCCGUCACGAACUCCACUUCCACUCACUACCCGCCCUCCCAGCAGCAGCAUCUGCAGCUGCAAAGCGUCCAGCCGCCACCUCUGGAGCAACAGCAACACCUACACCCUAUUAGAGGACAGGGCGGGCUCAGGAGAACCGUUCCUUAUGACGGACCAGGUGACCCCAUGAUAACAUCCUCCCUGAAGGGGAAACAAGGUAAAGAUGGGCCAGAGGAGAAGAAGGAUGCCGACGGCGAACUUUGGGGCAACGUGGAAGCGCAAGCUGCUUUUCUCGGGCCCAAUCUCUGGGACAAAACUUUGCCUUACGAUGCCGACCUGAAGUACGUCGAUCUCGAUGAGUUUCUUUCCGAAAACGGCAUCCCCGUCGACGGUGUGGCUGGUGGCGGACAGGGUGCCAUGCAAGGUAGCCAGCUUCAUAAAAUCAACAACACCGAGGCCGCCGGGCAUCAGGGACCAGCGGGUCUACAUUUGGAACCAGUUACCAAGCGCGAGAGAUCACCCUCGCCGAGCGAGUGCUGUUCGCCGGACACCCUGAACCCACCCUCUCCCGCGGACUCCAAUUCCGAGGACUCGUCACGAAUACAAUAUGGCUUGUCUCUUGUAGCGCUCUCGAUGGCCUCAUCGGGGCGAGACUUCGAUCCACGUACCCGGGCCUUCUCCGACGAGGAGCUCAAACCCCAACCUAUGAUCAAGAAAUCGCGGAAGCAGUUCGUUCCGGAUGACUUGAAGGAUGACAAAUACUGGGCGCGUCGUAGGAAGAAUAACAUGGCAGCGAAACGAUCGCGAGACGCGCGUCGCAUGAAGGAGAACCAGAUAGCUCUCAGGGCCGGCUUCCUCGAGAAAGAGAAUAUGGGUCUGCGGCAGGAACUGGACCGGUUAAAAAACGAGAACAUGUUGCUACGCGACAAACUGAGCAAGUACACAGACGUCUAACACCCUGUCGUCGGCCAUGCACCAACUCGAGCGACACGCAGAGAGAGAGAGAGAGAGAGAGA